AUGAUUUCUGGUUGGAAAGUGUGUAGAAAAGUAAGCAAAAUCAAAAUAUUGGGGCAGCCUGAAACUCGGUUUUAAAAGUUGUCUAUUUCUUUAACUCUUAACCACAACUUCAUUUUUUGAAGUUUUAUCUAGACUGAUAUUAUUUAUAAAAAUCCAGGGCAUAGAGAUCUCUCGAAAACCCUCUGACUUUCCUCUUAACUCUUAACCACAACUUCAUUUUUUGAAGAUUCGAGUCGAUUCGAGUCGAUUCGAUCCGAUUCGAGUCGAUUCGAGUCGAUUCGAACCGAUUCGAACCGAUUCGAACCGAUUCGAGUCGAUUCGAGUCGGAUUUUCGCCUUCACAGUUACUUCAGGGUGGUGGUUCGAUCCGAUUCGAGUCGAUUCGAACCGAUUCGAGUCGAUUCGAGUCGAUUCGAACCGAUUCGAACCGAUUCGAGUCGAUUCGAUCCGAUUCGAGUCGAUUCGAGUCGAUUCGAACCGAUUCGAGUCGAUUCGAGUCGAUUCGAACCGAUUCGAACCGAUUCGAGUCGAUUCGAGUCGGAUUUUCGCCUUCACAGUUACUUCAGGGUGGUGGUUCGAUCCGAUUCGAGUCGAUUCGAACCGAUUCGAGUCGAUUCGAGUCGAUUCGAACCGAUUCGAACCGAUUCGAGUCGAUUCGAACCGAUUCGAUCCGAUUCGAGUCGAUUCGAGUCGAUUCGAGUCGAUUCGAACCGAUUCGAUCCGAUUCGAGUCGAUUCGAACCGAUUCGAGUCGAUUCGAACCGAUUCGAUCCGAUUCGAGUCGAUUCGAGUCGAUUCGAGUCGAUUCGAACCGAUUCGAGUCGAUUCGAUUCCCUUCCCUCCAUUUUUUUUAAAUUUUUAAUAAAAAUCUGGAAUGAAAAAUUGGGGUUUUCGCCUUCACAGUUACUUCUGGGUGGUUACUAUCUAAGCCCAAGCCUUUUUUAACAGUGUUAAAAAUUUUCUUUCAAUUUUUAGCUUCAAAGUUGCUUCUGGGUGGUUUACUAAGCCUAAGCCUGAGAGGAAAUGUCAUUUAGGUCCCAACUCAUCGACUUCAUUUUUACAUUUUUGGAUUAUUCCAAAUCUGUAACUUUUUUUGUUGACUGUAUACUGUAUACACGAAAAUGAAAAUUUAAAUUUUUGUUAGCUACCCGCCCAAAUCAAAAUUUUCAUUCGGGCGGGUUUUUCAAAAAAAAAAUCGGCCCAAGACUUUUCAAAAGAAAAAAUCGGCCCGAGAUUUUUCAAAAAAAAAAAUCGGUCCGAGAUUUUUCAAAAAAAAAAUUCCGUCCGGAAAAUUGAAUCUUUUUGAUCUUAGGUUAAUGUCAGUUCAAGCCUGAGCUUAGAUUUUAGGAAGUGUCACCUGUCUGGUUCUGUUGAAAUUCCAGAUUUUCACAAUUUCACCCUGAAACUCCUCAGAAAUCACAUAAUUUUCACACGACCAAAACCAUCAAAAUUGUGUGUUUUUCUAUUUCAUAAUCAAAUUCCACUCAAUGUUUUAUUCAGCCUGAAAACUUGAAAAUUUUCCAGCAAAACCGAAAAAAAGAAAAAUAAAUAGAAAUUGCAUUGGAGCGCAAUUGCAACAUCAACCACGAGAGAGAGUGGGGGAGCGAGAGAGUGCGAGACAAGUAAGGAAAAAUAGUCAUUUAUUUUUGUUUUCCUGUUUUUUGUGGCGGGUUUCGCUUUUUUGUCUCGGCAAUGAAAAAUCAUUCUGUGACGUGGAUUUUUUGGUGUGAAAUUAAAAAAAAACAUAUUUUUCAGAUCUGCUCGAGAAAUUCAACAGUAUUGGGAUCGUGGAUGGAAAAACUUGGAUUUUUUGGUCGAUCUCGAGAAAUUCAACAGUAUUGGGAUCUUGGAUGGAAAAAUUGGAUUUUUUGGUCGAAUUCAAGUCAGUUUAUUUUGGGAAGGGAUUUUUGUUGGGAAGGUCAGAAAAAGAGAAAAAACUUUGACUGAUCAGAACUCAGGUUAGACUUCAUAAUUUUUGAACCAUUUUUUUUUGAUUUUUAGAUAAUUUCAAGAACUCAAAACUUUGAUUUUGACUUAGGGGCUAAAUGUGACCUAGAAUUAAAACGCUUGAGUUGUUCGAGACACCCAUAUUUUUCAAAACUUGGUUCAAAAUUUAUAUUUUUUCAAAUUCGAGGUCGGAAAAGUUUUCAUUCAGUGCCACUAGGCUGUGUUCAAAAUUUCAGAAAGAUUCGUAAAGGCUUAGGUGCAGGCUUCGAGGCGAUAGCCGAGUAGCGUACGCGGAAAUUUUCCGCGUACUUAAGAGAAGUCGAUUCGAUCCGAUUCGAGUCAAUUCGAACCGAUUCGAGUCAAUUCGAGUCGAUUCGAACCGAUUCGAGUCGAUUCGAGUCGAUUCGAACCGAUUCGAGUCGAUUCGAGUCGAUUCGAACCGAUUCGAUCCGAUUCGAGUCGAUUCGAACCGAUUCGAGUCGAUUCGAUUCCCUUCCCUCCAUUUUUUUUUAAAUUAUUAAUAAAAAUCUGGAAUGAAAAAUUCCGAUUCGAGUCGAUUCGAUCCGAUUCGAGUCGAUUCGAGUCGAUUCGAACCGAUUCGAGUCGAUUCGAGUCGAUUCGAACCGAUUCGAGUCGAUUCGAGUCGAUUCGAACCGAUUCGAGUCGAUUCGAGUCGAUUCGAACCGAUUCGAGUCGAUUCGAGUCGAUUCGAACCGAUUCGAUCCGAUUCGAGUCGAUUCGAACCGAUUCGAGUCGAUUCGAGUCGAUUCGAACCGAUUCGAGUCGAUUCGAGUCGAUUCGAACCGAUUCGAACCGAUUCGAACCGAUUCGAGUCGAUUCGAGUCGGAUUUUCGCCUUCACAGUUACUUCAGGGUGGUGGUUCGAUCCGAUUCGAGUCGAUUCGAACCGAUUCGAGUCGAUUCGAGUCGAUUCGAACCGAUUCGAACCGAUUCGAGUCGAUUCGAACCGAUUCGAACCGAUUCGAGUCGAUUCGAGUCGGAUUUUCGCCUUCACAGUUACUUCAGGGUGGUGGUUCGAUCCGAUUCGAGUCGAUUCGAACCGAUUCGAGUCGAUUCGAGUCGAUUCGAACCGAUUCGAACCGAUUCGAGUCGAUUCGAGUCGAUUCGAUCCGAUUCGAGUCGAUUCGAGUCGAUUCGAACCGAUUCGAACCGAUUCGAGUCGAUUCGAGUCGGAUUUUCGCCUUCACAGUUACUUCAGGGUGGUGGUUCGAUCCGAUUCGAGUCGAUUCGAACCGAUUCGAGUCGAUUCGAGUCGAUUCGAACCGAUUCGAACCGAUUCGUGUCGAUUCGAACCGAUUCGAUCCGAUCCUCUUAACUUUUAA